AUUAGGCGAUUUUGAUAACAAUUUAAUUAGGGAUUUAAAUACAAACCAAACCAACAAAAAAAAAAUUCGAUCACAGUAGGAAAAAGAGAAACUCGAAACAUCUUCAAUGGCGGAAGAAGAGAUGCGAUCUCCACCUGAACCUCUUAUUUCUUCUCCGCCGGAAUCAUCCCCUCAACACGAAGAUCCACCGCCGGAAACCUCUACUCCUCCUGCUAAAUUCGAUCCUAGUCGAAUGAUUGGGAUCAUCAAAAGGAAAGCUUUGAUUAAGGAUUUGGCUGCAGCUUACCACACUGAGUGUCUUGCUCUUUGCCGAGAACUUCUGGAGUUACAAAAGAGAAAAGAUGAGCCGUUUCUGGACACAAAAGCAACGGAAGAUCUAAGGAAAGAGAUAUUGAGGUCCUCUUCCAAACGAGCUAAGAAAAAGCGUUAAAAGUAUGAUGCUUAAUCUACGUAGGUACGGUGUUCAUAGAUCGGUUCUUAUGCUACAAGUGAUGUAAGAAACAUGUUUAAAGAUUGAAUUUUUAUUUGAUA